AUGGCCGAUCCAAAGCAAGAAUCGGUGCUCUUGGUUUGGGAUUAUGACUGGAGUUUGAUCAACACCAAUUCUGACACUCACGUGGUUGAAGCUUUGCAUCCAGAACUCAUGGAUCGAUUUAGCAGUCCAAUGGGCUGGACGCAGCUGAUGGAUCUUCAAGUGAAAGAACUCUUCGCCAGAGGAGUCUCGCGUGCUCGUUUAGAGGCUACGGUGGCAGAGGUGCCAGUGUUUCCUGGAAGCCUCGAUGCGAUCCGAGCAGCACAUGAAGCCAAGGCAAGCCAGGUAAUCCUCAGUGAUGCGAACACUGUAUUCAUCGAGGCCUUUCUUCAGAAAGAAGGCCUUCGACACUGCUUCUCAGAUGUCAUCUCGAAUCCUGCAAGCUUUGAUGAGGAGGGCAGGUUGCAUAUCAAGCCCUUUCAUGAUGGUGAAGCUCAUGACUGCCCACUUUGCCCCAGUAACUUGUGCAAGGGCAGUGUCCUGCAGCAUUUGUUGGGAGCCACAUCACCUGCACGUGUGGCCUAUGUGGGCGAUGGUGGUGGGGACUUUUGCCCAGCCUGUGAACUUCGCCCACAAGAUCUUCUUUUGUGUCGUGCACCACCCAGCGAUCCUUUGAAACGCUUUGGCUUGCUGAGACGCCUCGAAGGACCCGCACAGGCAACACGCCAUGGUGGAAUCGCUCAGGUUGUCGCCAAGGUUGUGAAAUGGCAUUCUGGCGAUGAUCUCCUUGCUGCGAUUCGUGGAUUCCUUCGUUGA